AUGCCUCCGAUAUCCUCUCAGCGCCGAGCCGUAACCGAAGAGAACUCGUCUCUCUCAGACGAAGAUGUCGGCUUUCUCUACCAGGUUAUCUCUGAAGCGGAGAGGAAGCCCUCCGUCAAGCUGCUCCCCUUCCGCGCACUGUUUGAAGCCUACGAUGAAGUCAUUGCAGAGCACCACAGGGAUCAUGGCGUUGAUGCAGAUCCAGGUCAUGCGUGCUUGCGCUUCAUGUUCAAGAUGGGCAAUAAAGACGUACCUGGCAAGGUUCUCUUCGACAAAUUCGAGAAUUUGCUUCACCAGAUGAACAUCACGAUCAAAUUCAACUUCAGCGAUGGGGAUGAGGAGACAGAUCACUACACCAAUUACACUGUGGAUAAUACUCCUAGCGAGCUUGUCGAGCAGAGUCAAUUUCCCGCCACGAACGGUGUUACACCUACCCCGAAACGACGCGCCUCGUUUAAUACAACGGUCGACAUUGGCGAGGAUGCAACCCAAAGGAGUGUAAUCAAUCGCCCAAGCUCUCGCUCGUCAAUGUCGCGACUUGAAGUCGGAAAGCCUGAUUUCCAGAAACCCAAGCUAUCUCCUACGCCAAAUCCUGAUCCCGGCCCUAACAAGUCACCAGAUCGGACACAAUUGAUCAGCCAGUUCUUGGAUGUUGGCCGUCGGUUGUUAAGCAGAUUCGACGAAGUGGAAACCCAUGACCCGGCCAAUGAAGAACCUUUGCUAACUAAUGGUUUGACAAAUGGAGUGGCAGCGAGGUCGGCGGUUGUUCGUGAUCGCUCAAAGAGGGCCACCGAAGUUUCCCGUUCUCGAUCAAGCUCACAUCAACAACACACUUCCUCGCCAGAUUCAUCAGCCACUGAGUCUGAAAAUGCGCAGUCAAUCUUAUCUGAAGGCCCAGAACACGACUCGUUCGAAAAAGAAGAGGUCCCUCCGGAAUAUAUUUACCGCCCACAGCUCUCAGAUCUACUUCGGGAUGCAUCGACUUUCAACAUGUACCGACAACGGUCCAUCUGCCGUCGAAUCCUGUCAGUGUGGUUCAAGAAGGCUUUCCAGGCAAGGCAAACACGGCAAGCCAGAGAAGCUAUUGCAAUCACUUACGACCGAAAUCUCCUUACUCGACAAGCAUUUGAGCCAUGGCGGGGAGUCAUUCAGGAUAAACGCCACUCGGUCCAAACGGAACGGUUCUUCAAACACCUCGAAGAGCGUGCCAUCCGUGCGCGGGAUUUAUACUUGAUGACAAAGGCGUUCAGUCAUUGGGCUCAACUUACAUCAGACGAAGUGGCUCGUACCUCUGCUGCCAGACGACAUGUUCUUGGAGUCAAGUAUUUCAACGCAUGGCGUGAGAUCACAGCAGUCAAUGAGUUGAAAGCCCAACGUUUUGCUUUGCGGAGGCCGUUCAAUACAUGGCGUAAGAAACUUCAGGAUCUGAAAGCGGCAGAGGCCGAAGCUUUUGCGUCCCGUGAAGCAAAGAUGCAAAAGGCGUCAUUCUGGCAUUGGUGGUGGUGUUUCUGCGAUCGCCGUGUCCUGGAACUAUCCGAUUAUCGACUCAAGAGACGCUCACUUCUUGCUUGGCUUCGGAAAUUUCGAAACAACCGAGAGCGUGACCAUGAAUUAGACCUACAGAACAGACGCUCAGCCCUCAAGUCUGUUCUCCAGGCAUGGUCUCACCACUCAAAGACAAUUGCUUUUGCUGAGCAGGAGGUUCAAAGUUCUCGACGCCAGCAUGCUCUAAAAGACACUUUCGAUGAAUGGAGAAUUCAGUCGAGGCUGGCCCCGGCUGCUUCUCGUGUAUCAGAGAUGGUUGAUACCAGGAUCGUGCGAAAUGCCCUCUCACAGUGGAUCGAAAAGGCACAGAUGACGAAGCAAGCAGAGGAAAUGGACCGUAUUCGUGUUCAGCAUAAUGCAUGGACGUCCUGGAAUGACACACUUCGUUGUCUGGCCCUCCAAGCUCGAAUCGACGAACGGCUCAAGAUGGAAGCCAUGUAUAAGUGGAUUCUCAUGGAAAGGUUCGAGCUGAUGCGGCGAAUUCGUGAGCAGCGAAUCAAGCGGGAAGUUUUCUCUCGAUUUGUGACAAAUACCCGAGGCACCUACACUCGCUUGCUAUUCCAUGCAGAAGUUCACGAAGACAAUCGAGCUGAAGACCUGGUGCGCUCCAAAUUGGCAAUUUGGCGGGAUCAAGUGCAGCUCCAGCGCGAGCGAGAGUACGUAGCAUCUGAAUUCUACGCCCCGCGACUGGCAGCCGAGUCUCUUGCCAUUUGGCAAUCCAAGCACAAACAUGUGCUCAAGAUGGAAGGAUGGGCCAAUGAUGCUCGAUACUACUUCCUGGUGAAAAGAACCAUGAAGCAGUGGCAUCAGGCCAAGGUGGAUUCCGGCAAACGAAGGCGGCAAGAGUCGUACGCAAAAGUUCGACGCAAGAUCAAGGUCAAUCUCGCCUCCAAGGCGUUGGUUGCCUGGGCUUCUAAAACGCGGAACAUUCUUGAGAUGGAGCACCAAGCUAGUGAUAUUGAUCGUGACAAGUUGCUGACGGAUACAUCUGAGAUAUUUGUCCAAUGGCACGAGAAAACAACUAAGAGGUUACAAGAUAUUCAGGACGCUGACAACUCAUAUUUCCGACAAGUUGCCUUCGAUCAACUAAUGCAAAUGUCCGAAACCUUUGUCAUUCGUCGUGAGAUGGAAGAUCAAGCAGACAAUGUACUGCGAUUGCAUGUCCUGCGACACUCGGCUUCUUCUCUUCGCAAGAUGAGUCUUCGCAUAUUCCAGAUCCGUAGUACCGCGGAGACUGCCGAAGCUAUGCGCGAAAGGAACCUCAGAAAGCAUUCGAGAAACAUGUUCCGCAACUGGGUGGACGAUGCCCGAAUGAAGCUCGAGGCUCGAGAUUCUGCUGGUCCGCUGAUGACCCCCGGUCCAUCCCUUACACCGGCACGAGUGUCGAAUUUCGGCGAAGUCAACGGUGCUGGUUCGGCACUUUUCGACCCCUGGUAUCAAGACGAAGCCGAAACACCCUUCAAACUCAGUGACUUUACGAACACCUCACAGGAGCCGGUCUCCGCAACUCCCCUCGCAACCCCAAAUUUCACAGCAUCACCCUCCAAACGAGCCGCGCGAGCGCGAGCACUGGCACAAAUGUCCACCACUCCUGCCACCCCCUUACGCACCCCUUUCGCCAGUCGACUCCUUCGCGCCGGUACCACGACUGGCCAAAUCACAUCCUCUAUCCGGCCUCGUACUGGUCGGCGAACCUCGGUAGGCACAAGCGUCCGCUUUGUGGACGAGGAACCUCCCGAGUCUCCGACGGAUGGUCGCCGAUCAGCGAAUCGACGAUCCUGA